AUGCCGAUGGCCAGUGAGACCAGUAGUACCACCACUAUGACCACUUUCUCCGCCCCGAUCCCUGCUACCAGAUCGCUGCCCAGCAACCAAUCGGCGCUGGCGGCCUCGUUCACCAACUUCCUCACCGUGUCCGUCCACCAAAUACUUUUCUUACGUACCGUUUACCCGCGCGCGACUUUCCUCCCCGUGCGAGCAUAUAAUUACCCUGUCCGACAAUCCCGUCACCCUAAGGUGUGUGACUAUAUCAAUGAUGCAUCUAUCGCAGUCGGGACGGAAAUUUUGAAAGGCACAAUUACCGCAGUCAGUAUCAUCAUUUCAUCUCUCCGCACAAAUCAGCCCCUCGAACGAUAUGCCUUUGAUCUAUCAGGCUUCCCCCGGGCACCUGCUGGAGAAGUGAACACUACAUUUGAAGACAGAAGUGAAGAUACAUCUAGGCCAGGUGGCCCCGUUUCGGAUCGGGGUCCGGCGCCAACUUCGGUCGACCUCGAAUCACAAUUUCGGGCUUGUUUGGCGCGUCUUGCGUCUGCCUGUGCACGCCUUACCCCUCUACCGCGAGAUGACGAAUUCAGCUUUACCGUCUGUAUCGAAGUUAGCGAAGACGCACUACCCCCCGCGGGCACUACUAAAGAAGAACAAACAUGGAUAGUCGCCGAACCAGGCAAGGUGCACCUGAGAUCCUGCACUGCCCCCUUCUCUGUAUCGAAAUUACGGAAUGGUGAGCCUCAACAGCCACCCCCUCGGGUCUCAAAUGGCCGCGCGAAAACAGUACCGGUGCGACGUGUGGAGGCUGGGGAACUUCGAUUGGAGUUGUGGGUAGAGGAAGCGCGGCAGAAGUUUAACGAACCGGUGGAGUCAGAACAGCCUCCCUGA